AUGCUGUUAAAGGCCCGUUACGUUCACCGAGAUAUUCGGUGGCCUAAUAUUCUGCGAUUGAAUGAUUAUAGUUGGAUAUUGAUUGAUUUGGAAUGUGCUGGUGUUAGCGGUGAAAGGGUGCACUUUAAACCAUUAGAAGGAUGGGCAUCUGAGACAAAUGAAACUGGGGUAUACACAACAAAGUCAGAUGUUUAUAUGGUAGGAAGGUUAUUGAGCAAACUUUUCUUUUCAUUAUCUGAAGAAGCACGUGAGUUUGAGAAGGCCACCACCACCAAUUUGAAGUUUUGCUUAACAGCUCAAGAAGCUCGUCAGCACCCUUGGCUUUCAGAUAUACAAGAAUAA